AUGCAUAGACAUUUGAGAAGUGGGAUUAGAGGGUGUCACGAGAAGAACUCAAAAAGGAGAAAGAGAAGAGGAACAAAUGAUUCUGCACUUGGAAGUUUUUGUAUAGAAAAGGUGGAGCGUGUUGUGAGACUCAAACAGAAUCAGGAAGAAGAUAAGGCUGCUAAGACCCAAGAGUUUUUAGUUCUUGGAGGGCAGACCUUAACUGCUUUGAGGGGCAAGAUCUAUUGCUCAAUGGACCAGGCGAUGGAAAAAGCUGGGCAGCAUAAUCCUUCUGGUUAUUUUCUCAUUGAAGAUGUAUUCUACACUUAUUUGAGGGAUCCAUCUGCUAUUGAUUUGACCAGUCCUAUACUGGGUUGGCUUCGAAACUCAAAGGAGGAGGAGGCACAAAAGAAAUGGGAAUAG